ACUACAGAUAAUUUAGAAGGUCUGAGUGAGUCCCAAAUAGCAGGGAAGAAGUUGUUCUUAGUUCAAGGAGGCAAACCUCAACUGAUGAACUGGGAGGAGUAUGGACUGAGGAUUAGUGUACCAGAGGAUAGUCUAUCAGCAUCAGAGACUGUAGAAGUAUCAGUACUAGCUCUUGUAGGAGGACACUUCAAGUUUCCUGAUAAUACUAGACUAGUCAGUGCAGUGUAUGCAAUAUCAACCAGUCCACUCCUCAAGUCAUUGAGGAUAGAAAUGCAACACUGUAUUGAUCUCAGUGAUCCUUCUUUAUCCAAGUAUCUUAAAUUUGCUGUUGCUCCAGUUCACACAGCUAGUCUUCCUUACCAGUUCUCACUAAUUGAAGGAGGGGAGUUUCCAGUAUACCAGAGAUAUGGAUCAAUUGAACGAAGCAAGUUCUGUCAAUUAGCUAUUGUUGGCAUAGAAGAAGAGGAAAAUGGAGGAGGUAGCAAUGAGGAGAGGAAUGGACAGGAAGAUGGAGACUCAGGAGAUGAGGGUAAGGGACAAAGAGAAGGACAAGGAGCUGGAGGACAAGAAGGAGAACCAGGUGGAGUAGGAAGGAGUGAUAGAGAGGAGGAAGGGAAUGGGCUGAAGGAGCCAGUGGAUUGUACAGAAGACUCUGAAUUAAGUACAUCACAAUCUAAAACUAUUGUUCCUACUUGUUCAACUGGUAUAACUGAGGCUACAGUAUAUGCUGGACAAGUGUUUUAUCAACGACCAGAUAAAAUGAGAUUUGCAGCCUCUACAGAGUUGAAUGCCCUACAUCAGUAUAUUGAAAAGAAGUACUCUCAUCCAGAGUUUGAUCAAAGUAUUACUUUUAAACUCAAAUCACCAAAAGGAUGUAUCGAAUUGGCAUUUGAUGAUGAGCAACAAAGAGAACCAAUAACUGGAUGGAAGAUAAGACCACAUGUGAUGCCUUGUCAAAUAAAAGAACAUGAAAUACUUGGUUUUGGUGGCAUUAGUACUACAAUUCCUCCGUCUUGUUUGGUAUCAAUAUAUGCUGAGAAUAGUCCUGAUACUGUACCUAAUUUGAGUUAUUCUGUACCGUUGAAAGGUGUACAGGACCCAAUGGAGAUUAUUAUUAACCGAUCACUAAGAGAUUUAUCAGAUGCAGCUUAUUCUGUUAACAUUAAGGAUGGUCCUAGUCUUGGUUCACAGAAUGACAUCAAGAAGCAUUUUAAUGAUCUGAAACGUUUUCUUUCAUCUUCAGAAGCAAUGUUUCGUGACAUAGCUAACAGUUGUAAGGAGGUACAAAUUAUUAAUUCUUCUCAGUAUAAUGAGUUAUUUGAUGGGAUGAUUCACCAUUCUUUAUCAAAAAGAGUAGAACUUUUUAUUGGAAAUAUUACAUUAUUAAUUGAAUAUUGUCCUGAUCAAAUUAGCGAGUUCCUCUCUAAACUAAAAGAACAGGAACAUGUUGCUCUUUCUGCAAUAGCUGACAAAAUUGCUGCUUCAUCAGAUAGAUGAACAAGAUAAUGAUUACAGGAGCAAACACAUUAUAUGUUUCUAUUUUUAUAUGCACUUUUUAUUUUACAUGCUGUGUGUGUAGUUUUAUGCUUUUAAUUUAGUAGCUUUACAAAAGUA